AAUACGCCUUCCAAUAAAGAACUGAACACGAGAAAGCCAACACUCCCCUCUACGCGUAACCAAAGUUUACGCCCACGCGCAGUGCCUUGCUGUCAAAAACAUGCUGCCUGAAAGAGUGGCUUGCCCGGUGGGAGAGUGCGUUCUGGCCUCUCGCUGGUUGACGGCAGCGCUUACCGUCCUUUUGCUUCUCUCCAUGAGUGUCACCUGCGCUCAUAGUACUACAGUGGAGCAUGAUUUCCAUAUUGUCCACAAUGUCGACAACAGAAGUCCAGAGAUAGACCCCUUCUGGUACGUGGGGCGUGGCGUGCGGCCCAUUGGGCGCUUUGGGAAGCGGAACAGCAGGGUCGGUUCUGGGGAAGGGUUGCGUCCUGUGGUUAACACCCUGGAGAUGCUCCUGGAUGCCAUUAGGAACAAGGAGGACCUUGGGAAGGUGCUCCAUGAAGACUCUGACUGGUUACCAUGACAGUGUGCCCAGUUCUCUCCCUUGCUCGUAUCUGUGAAAGUGUUUUUUUUAUUUAAUCAAGGAUUGUUGCUCUACUUCUCUGUGUCUGGCCUUAUCUUGUGACAAGAGUCCCAUUGAAGCCUGUGUUGACCGGACCACUGAACUCUUUGGCCCGACAAAAAAACUAAACAAGAUGAAGUAUAUACAUAUGAGAAAUGCAAACUAUAUUGAUUA